CUCCAGCGCGACCCAGCGUCGACUGACAGGGAUCCUCUCCUGUUGACGCUGCCUCCUCCCCACUUCCCCAGUCCGACGGCACGAACAAACCUUCCACCCGUUGCCUUCGGCGACUCCCAAGUUCGCAUCUGCUCCUCCACUCCACUCCGCUCCGCUCAUCUCUUCUCCGAGGCGAGCGCAAACCCGCCUCGCUUCUCUUCAAACCCUAGCUCCCCGUUCGCCCGCGUCGCUGCCGCCCCGGAUCAAGCCCGCACAGCGCACGAGCGUGAGUCUCCCUCCCGGAUUCGAGCGGCGGCGGCGGGAUGGGGUCCGACUCCAAGGAGCUGCUGGGGAUCGAGCCCCUCGAGCUCCGAUUCCCAUUCGAGACAAAGAAGCAGAUCUCAUGCUCUAUGCAGCUAGCGAACAGAACGGAUGACUAUAUCGGCUUCAAGGUUAAGACAACGAGCCCGAAGAAGUACUGUGUCCGACCAAACAGCGGCAUUGUGCCACCACGGUCCACCAGCGAUGUCAUUGUGACAAUGCAAGAGCAAAAGGAGGCACCGCCGGAUAUGCAAUGCAAGGACAAGUUUCUCGUGCAAAGUGUUAUGGUGGCUGAAGACACGUCAGCAAAGGACAUAACUGGAGAUAUGUUUACCAAAAAAUCAGGUAAUGUGGUGGAUGAGGUGAAGUUGAGGGUUGUCUACGUCCCACCACCCAAACCGCCAUCCCCGGUGCGUGAGGGAUCUGAAGAAGGCUCGUCACCUAGACAUUCAUUGUCUGAUGGAAGCAACUUGAAUUAUCAAGAGGUGAGAUCUGCAAAUAUUACUGCUUGGUUCAAUUCCCAAGAGAUGCAGACAACAAGGGAACCAGAUGAUCCACUAUCUUUGGCUGCUGUAAAAUCUCAAAAAGACCAAGAAGGCUUUACCUCUGAGGCAGCUGAUCAGCAUCUCAAUAUGAUACUUGGAGAUGUUAAAGAGAUGACAUCUGCUUUGAUUUCAAAGUUGACAGAGGAGAGGAACUCUGCCAUUCAGCAGAACAAUAAGCUUCGACAGGAGCUGGACCUUGUAAGGAGGGAGCUCAGCAAGCAGAACGGUGGUUUCUCAUUUGCGGUCGUGGCGGCCAUUGCUCUCCUAGGGAUUCUGCUAGGAUUUAUCAUGAAGAGAUAGAUGAGCCAGUGUUAAUCUGCAUCUUCUUAGACCGUUUCCCUCGCGAGAUUGUAUUCGGUCCAAUGCAUCUAUUCACAUGUACUACAGCGCUACUCCAUAGCAUAUUCGGGAUCUGGUGUCUUCAGUAAUUGCGUGCGUAGUGGCUACCUCACCCAGGCAACAAGCCUGUCUCCUUGAUAUUGUGUUAGCUCUUAUGUCAGCUUGUGCAACUAAGAAACUGGGUAACUAUUGAUAUUUUGUGGGCAGCUGUUGAGAAAUCCUUCUGGUGUGUUAAUCAAGUAAAAGUGUGGCGAUUUUUUU